CUUCAAGGUUGACUACUAGUCCAGCCUGGGAAGCCAACCCACCGACUACCACUGUUUGAACGACAUCUCUCGUCCAGAAGGUCUACUCCAGGACGUCCUCUGAUUUCUUGGUCCGGUCAGGCAAAGAGAUAGCAUCCUACCACCCGAAGGGGCCGAAAUCAUCGACCAGACACCAGCAGAACAGCAGACCUCGCAGGACCCAAAAUAUAUGCCAGGCUCGCAAAACGAACACAGCGCAUGGCAUCCACGACGUUUGAACCGCAGCCCUUGAGCGCUCCUCUCAAUGACCGCGCCAUUGCCGCGAUUGAGGCACUCGCCAAUGGAGACCGCGUCCUGGGGCAACAUGACAAGAAACUGCGAGACCACCUCGCCGCGGCCGUGGAGCAGUUAACGGAACUGACGGGGAGACUGAACGACCGAGCGUACGAGCGUCGAGCCAGGCACGAGCGAGAACAGGCGCGGCGCCGACAAGAAGAAACCGAGCAAGAUGAGGAAGUCGACGCGGAUGCCGAAGCGCAAGCAGCCGAUCGAGCGCAUCGAGAGUUCCAGCAGAAAGUCGAGUCCCUGACGAGAAAGAUGGACUUGAAUAUCCGUGGGAUCAUUGACGACCAGAUCUGGCUGGAAGAUCUCCCCACUGCGCUUCGACAGGCGGCGCAGCAUGCAUGUUCUCCGGCUCAGCAGGCGACCCAGACCCAAGGCUCUACAGGCUUCACAUCGACCCUGCAAAGCACACAAACCCGCACGCGCAGGCGCAGGCGCAUCAGCGACGGAGGUAGCGAUGAGGGUGAUGGUGACGAGGACGGUGAUGACCAGGAAGACCGUAAACCGUCAACCCAGGCCGCACCAGACACAGCCACACCUCACGUCGUCCUCGCAGCAGCGCUGGAAGCUCAAACUCGAGCAUGGACCUCCAAGAGCCUGACAGAAAGAUACGCCCACAACAACGACUACAAGGGCUUCUACCGCGUAUUAUACGAUGCGAAACACCCCGGCGAAAGUGCACCUCCCAUGCCCGACGAGAGAUUGUGGUUUGCGGCGGAAGAAGGGCGCGAAUUAGUCUCGACUCAACGUCGACACCAGGGACAUUCCAAUAAUGACGAUGCAGAAGACGAGGACGAGGACGACGCCGAAAUCGAAAUCGCCGCCGAAUCCAUCCGGAUCAAAUGUCCAAUCACACUUCUUCCCUACGUGGAUCCAGUGACAUCGCUCAAAUGCAGUCACUCGUACGAGAGAUCGGCAAUCCUCUCGAUGCUGAGCACCUCAAGCGACCAUGUACCUGUGGUCUUGACGGCCGCUCAGAUCGCCGAACUCGACGAAAUCUCUCGAAACCCGCGCGACCGGGCCCGCCGCAAUCGAGAAAUCCAGUUGUUCCACCAACACCCUCGCGUGCCACUGGUCAAAUGUCCCGAGUGCAAUGUGCCCUUGACCGAGCAGGACCUCAAGCCCAACCCGGCGCUGAAGAGGCGCGUGCAGAGACUGGUGGAACGGGCGAGGCGGAAACAUGCCCGUGACAAUGGACUGACUGCAGCGGCAACGACCAGCGAUGUGGAUCCGGAUGAUGAUGGCGAUGAGGACGAGGAUGAGGGUGACGGCCAUCGUAAUGACGGCUUUGAACUGGAUGAAAAUGGCGAUUUGGUUCCUGCAGCCGGCUCCCAGCGCAGAACUGCCGUGAAGAAGAGGCAGAGGCAAGCCCAGAUCAAGAGUGAGGCCAAUAAUUCACGCCUGCCUUCGGCUUCAGUCGUCCCGCAAACUCAGUUGUCUUGAGGACUAGGUCUUCGUGAGGCAAGCAGUCCCACUCCGAUGAGCCAUCUGCCAAUCAUGAUGUCCAAGAGGAUGAGACCUCUGAUCUUGUGGUGUCAAUGUCGAUAUCGAUUUCAUUCCAACAGCCCAUUUGGCUCGGGCCUGUUCUACUAGUAACCUGUCAUAGGCCAAUACCAAGAUUGUGUAUGGUCCCUAUGUUUAUACGAGACCGUUGUAGGCACAGGUUGAAACUUACUCAUCUGCUCCAUAUCCAUAUCCAUGGAUGGGUACUUGUACUACAGCUAAGUGCCGGGGGCGAGCAGAAAUUGACAGGAAUAACCUCGCGGACAUACAAUGGGGAAAACCAGCGCUGUAAAUAUAAAAAACAGCGCUACACCUUACAGACGUAGGAUGAAACAGCAUUGUUCUUCCUACAUAGCUUUUUCAAUGGCAUAUGACGAACCCUCCAUUUCCCCUCUUCCUUAGACCAGCCAGCCACCUUCAAACAUCAGUCCUCGUCAGAAUCAUAAUCAUUGUCUGGCAAAAGACUUCGAUAGCGUCGACUUGCCAAAUCUUCCUCAAGACCUCCCUCGCUUUCCGGGUCGAUGUACCCUAGUAUCCAAGAGUCAGUCAAAAAACUCUCGUUUCAGCUAUGCGAGAACAAGCGAUUCAAGACCUACCAUUGCCGCCGAAGAAACUCAGCGCGACCGGCAAGAACACCAAUGCAUGGGAGCUGGCAAAGAUGACCAGCGCCAACCAGAUGCGGAAGUAGUAGAUCUCAAAGAUCUUGCUCCGGGUGAAAGCCAGGACGGCGACACCAACAAACUUGGUAAUGGUGAUGCCACUAAAGACGCUGCCGCCAACGUUGAUCAAGGCGGUCCAGGCCCUGAGAUCUUUGCCCCGGAACUUGUGUCGUGCACGCUCCAUGAUGGACUUGCUGGGGAACAUAAAUGCGCGGGCAAUAUGAGCGCAGAAUUCCACCCCGAUACCCACGCAGAUGACAAGGUUGACCAACGACACAGCGUUGAGGGAGACAUUGGCCAGAGCCAUGACCCCGAUGAUAUCCACCAGGAUCAUAACCACAGUGAUAGCCACAACUGCCCCCGUCAACAAAGAGCCCAGGAGCAACGAACUAAGCACGAAAAUGAUGGCAACGGCCACGCAUAGCAGAGUCGCGGUCAAGC